AUGCUCAACGAUUCUAUGGGAAAAGAACGAAAAAAGGGCUCGCAGCCUCAUUCCUCCUACGAUUCAGAUGAUGAGAAAAUUCUUGGGCCGCCAGAAUUGAGCAACUUUGGAGUAGCGUUGCUCUCAGAAAAGGAAAAGGAAAAUCACGUUGAGUCAUAUAGAAGAAGGGAUGCCCUAGACCACCAUUCACAAAAGCUUAAUAGGUUUGGAUCCUCAAACUUUGAUUCUUCCUCUGGUAGCUUCAAUCAACAAGCAACGGGUCAAACUCAUGUAUCUGUACAUUCGGGGGAACCAUCACAAUCCACUAUGUUCGCCUAUUUCAGAAGCAAUCAACAGCCCAGCAUAACGACAAUGAAUACCAAUGAUAUACAUAUCGCUGAUAGCAGUGAUCUAGAAAAAAGUUUCCGAAGAAUUAAAAGUAUGCAGCAAUCUAUGAGAGAAGAGCUGACUUCGAGACAUGCGGAAAGAAGGAGUAAAAGAUUUUUGAAAAGUAGUCGAAUGGGGGUGCUGGGCCCUGCCAAAAGAUCUGCAUCUAAUACAGUAGCAGGCUACUCUGAUCUAAGUGCUGGGAACCUAGAAGCUGGUCAAUUUGAUACCAGUGAGACUGAACCAAAGCCCAAUAAUAAUUUUGAUAGUUUUGCUCAAGCUAAAAGCUAUAGAAAGGGUGAUGAGGCGCUCUUUGAUAGAGAGAAGGAUAGCAAUAGCAUCUUAGUAGAUCACUCUCUAUCUGAACUUGGUACGCUCAAUCCAGUACAGUAUUUGAAGAAGUAUAACUUGCCAAGCUCUGAACUCCCGAAUAUUUCAAGAAUUUAUUUUGAGAAACAAAGAGAAGAAAACCAUCACAUUGCUCUUCAAAAGCACACUAUAUCGAGAGAAGCCUUGAAUAGUAGGAUUGCGCGUUCUUUCUCCUGUACCUCAAGUUUAAAUAAUCCUGACAGACGAGAAACCUCAGCGCCUGUAUCAAAUCCAAGACGAAAACUAUCAGACACAUCUGUUUCCUCUACCACAAAGACGGCCUUCUUAAAAGCAGCAUCAUCACCACUAGUUGAGUCGUCACUGGCUAAAUCAACAUUUGUAGAGCAAGAGAAGUCACAAGGAGUUCCAUUCGAUUUCCAGCACUCAAAACCGGAGUAUCAACAUACGUAUGCCAAUCAAAAUACCGUUAAAAAUUCUUACAAAAAGAGGGAAGCACUCGCUAACAUAGAUGUAAACAGAAACAAUCAAGACCCCAUCCUAGGAACCAAGCGAUUUAAACCAUUAGAAAAUAAAAGCAUCCCAGCAUUAAGACUCUCCGCAUCGUUUCCUCAGGAAAUUAACGAUGAUGCCGGUGCUCGGAAAACUAAACGUGUAGAAAUCAUUGAGCCUAGGAAGUCACAGACUCAGUUAAGAAGAAACUUUAUUACAGUGAACGAUAUCGAAUACGAGAAAAUCGAAUUACUAGGUAGAGGUGGAUCUUCCAAGGUUUAUAAGGUGAAAGGUAGCGGAAAUAAGGUAUUUGCAUUAAAACGAGUAGUAUUUGAUGAAUUUGAUGAUUCAAGUGUGGAUGGAUUCAAGGGAGAAAUUGAGCUAUUAAAAAAAUUAGAAAACCAAAAAAGAGUUGUAAAAUUGAUCGACUACGAAAUGGAUCACGGUGUUUUGUUUUUGAUUAUGGAAUGCGGUGAUCAUGAUUUAUCUCAAAUAUUAAAUCAACGGUCGGACAUGCCAUUAGAUUUCGAAUUUGUGCGAUAUUAUACUCGCGAAAUGCUGAAAUGCGUCAAAGUUGUACAUGAAUCUGGCAUAGUUCAUUCUGACUUAAAACCGGCGAAUUUUGUUCUUGUCAAGGGCGUACUAAAGAUCAUUGAUUUCGGCAUAGCAAAUGCAGUGCCGGACCACACCGUGAAUAUAUACCGAGAAACUCAAAUAGGCACUCCAAAUUAUAUGGCACCAGAAGCUUUAGUAGCAAUGAAUUAUACACAAUCUGACGAGAGGAAAAAGCAGCAAAAUAGAUGGAAGGUCGGUAAACCUUCGGAUAUCUGGUCUUGCGGCUGUAUAGUUUAUCAAAUGGUUUACGGCAGACCCCCAUAUGGAGGAUUUCAAGGACAAAAUAGAUUACUGGCCAUCAUGAACCCAGAAGUCAAAAUAGUUUUCUCAGAUAAGAUUUCAAAUGGCCAAUUAAUACCCCGAUCAGCGCUGGAUUUGAUGAAAGCAUGCUUAUCGAGGAACCCUGAAAAAAGAUGGACGGUUGACGAGGCUUUAGAGUGCUCUUUUUUGAAGCCUGUUAUGGUGACACCAUUCUUCAUCCGAGAUUUGAUAAAGAAUGCUGUUAAAUAUGGCUCUGAUCAAAAAGAAGUUUCAGAUGAAAAAGUGAAUGAGCUGGCGGAUGAUGUUUUGACUAGAUUGGAGGACUUUAGAUUGUAG